AGCCCUGAUUCUUCACAUCAAAAUGAAUGCACAUUGACUCCAAUAUCAAACAAUCCUACCACACUGCGUCGAUCAACCGAGGGCAAAGAUCAGCCCUACCCCCUCCACCCCGGGCCCUCAUCAUCCAACCCGUUGGAAGCGCUCAUCAUUUCGUCAAAUGGACCCGGCGGCAGACGAUCCAUGGUUCACAGCUCUGUCAAGGAGAAUUGACAUUCUGACAUCAGACCCCCAUAUUCCAAGUUGGCACGCCACCAGCCAAAUGACCUUCUCCUCUGGUACCCCUUCUUAACCUGCUUUCCUUGCCCAUCAAGCUCACCUCCACCCCCGGACGUACGACAUCCCUCACAAUGCGCCUUCCACCGCCACCGCAAAGCCCCGAAACAACUCAAACCCAAAUCCACGCUUACAUCCUGGGCGCAGGAAUUACCUCCCUCUCCGCAGCCGUUCAUCUCCUGCAAGAGGGUCACCUUCCAGCCUCGCACAUCCACAUCCUCGAGACCCUCGAGCAAGCAGGCGGCGGGACCGUCAGCUCCGGCAAUGCGGAGCAGGGAUACCAUUUCCGGGCCGGCGGGAUGCCGCUGUUGAAUGGGAAGGCGAUGGCUACGUUGCUAGCGGAGGUUCCAUCCGACGCGCACCCGGGAAAGAGUGUUCUGGAUGAUCUGUAUGAGUACUGGGGUCAGUCGCCGACAGAGCGGUAUCACCAUGAUCGCCAGGCAGAGGACCAUGCUCAGCAUCAGCAGCAAUCCCACCAGACGCGGCUCCUGCGGCGUUCGAAGCACGGACUAGUCCGGGUCGACUGCAAACGAAGCACGAAUUUGGGACUGCGAGACCGGGUGGAAGUGUUUCGGUUUAUGAACAAGAACGAGACGGCGUUGGGGAGAUCGCGGAUACGGGAUCAUUUCGGGAAGGGGUUCUUCGGGGGUUGUUACUGGGGGGUAUUGAGUACUACCUUCGGCUUCAAGUCCUGUCACAGCGCAGCCGAAUUCCACCGCACGCUGCACCGCUUCGGCCACGACCUCUCGAACCUGACAGGCUCACACCCGCGACCCUUAGACGGCGCCCAAUACAACCGGCACGAGUCGCUGGUCGCGCCGAUUGCCCGGUUCCUACGCGCUCAAGGCGUGGACUUCCGCUUCAAGACCACAGUCACAGACAUCAUUUUCGCGUCCGCCGACCCGGAACCAAGGCCAACCUCCGGUGCCUCGAGCUCAACCUCAGCCAGGCACGCAGGCAGCACCAGCCUGAAAACCGGCAGUCACGACAGCAAGCCCUCAUCGCCAACCUCUGUCACCGGGCAACAACAAAACCAACAACAAGCAUACCCACCGCGCCUCGUCUCCGCGAUAAUCGCACACCCGCCUAACCAACCCGAGCAAACAAUUCCGGUGACCCCGCACGACAUCGUGCUAGUAUCGCUGGGCAGCGCGAUGUCAGGCUCCAGCGUCGGCAGCAAUACAAGCGCGCCCUCGCUCUACCAAAUGGAAGCGGACCAAGAGCUGGAUGAGAACUGGCUACUGUGGCUAGAGCUAACGACCAAGGACUCACGCCGAAUGGGCAACGCGUACAACUUCUGCACGCGGCUGGCGGAAUCGCGGCUGGAGUCGUUCACGAUCACGCUGCGGGCGGGCGGGAACCGGAUUGUCGAGAAAAUCACAGGCGCGAACACGGGCAUCCGUAACAUCGCCGGCGGUGGGUUGUUCGUGUCGCUGGUCGAUGCGCCGUGGGUGAUUAGUCUGCAUGUGCCGCCGCAGCCGGUGUUCCCCGAUCAGCCGGCCGGGGUGCAGGUGCUUUGGGGGUAUGCGUUGUAUCCGGAGCGGAAGGGAGAGGUCGUGCAGAAUAUUAUGUUGGAGUGUACUGGGGAGGAGAUUCUGAGGGAGGUGCUGGGUCAGUUGGACUUUAAGGAGGCGGAGGCUGAGAGGAUCUUGUCUGCUGCCAUUACCGUGCCUUGUGUCGUGCCGCGCAUGGCCGCCGGCUUGCUGCCUCGCUCCGAGGGCGAUCGGCCGCGUGUAAUCCCGCCGGAAAUCCGGAAUCUGGGGCUCAUUGGGCAGUUUGUUGAGAUUGAGGGCGAGGCGGGUGUCGCGGCCAUGGAGUAUAGUGUGCUUGGGGCGCAGAUGGCGGUGCGGAAAUUGAUGGAGAUGGGGAAGACGGAGAGGAAGCUCGAGUCGGAGGAGCAGCAUAAGGCCAAGCAGCCGCGGAAGCGGAGUUGGCUGCCGUUGCCUUGUACUUAGACUGAUGCCAGGUAGUGGUCAACUUCAUAAGGAC